AUGAAUCCAUCUCCAUCCGCUGUUGAGUUUGAGUUCUUGAAAGAAUAUGACACCGCGCCGACCCCUAUUGGACCAUCACAUUUUGUUUCAUGUGCAGGUUCGUCAGCAUCGGGCUCUGGGACGCCUCUCACCGUGCUCACUCUGUGCCCUGCGCCUGACUCUAUUGGGUGCCCGCCGGUCACGCCCCACCCGCUCAUGACCACGCACACAAUUUUUGCGCCGACCGGAGCCACGAUGUCCCCACCGCCGCUCGGCUCGCCACCCGCGGCUUCGCCCGUGGGACCGCCACCCGCUGCCUCACCCGUGGGCUCACCACUAACAGCCUUGUCCACAGGCUCGCCGCCUGUGGGAUCACCACCUCCUGCAGCUCUGUAUGUUGGCUCUCCACCCGCGGCCUUCCAGCCCAAUGGCACCCUCCCCAGGGCUCUCCUCUAG